UGUGCCCAUUCCUGAGGAGGAGCGCGUGAGUGGUGAAAAUGGUUGGUAUGUACCUCAGGCUAAUGGCUCAUACGUAUGGGUUUCGAUAGAAGAGGGCGAAAGCAUGUUGGAGGAAUUGGAGAAACAGGAAGAAAUGGAGGGACGCCUGUCAACUGUGCCUGUAACUUUUUACUUGUAUACAAACCUAAAUCCCUCCAAAGGACAAAAGAUUAGCGAAAGCGCCUCAUCGAUUCAAAGUUCUAACUUUGAUGCUAGCAAUCCAACGAGAUUCGUGAUCCAUGGCUGGACACAGAGCUACACCUCCAGCAUGAACAAGGAUAUUCGCGCUGCAUGGCUGGCCCGUGACAAAUACAAUGUGAUCGUUGUCGAUUGGGCGCGUGCUCGUUCCAUUGAUUACGCUUCUUCCGUUGUGGCUGUACCCAAAGUGGGAAAGAAGGUUGCCAGCAUGAUUAAUUACAUGGUAGAAAACCACGGUUUGCUUCUCGACACGACCGAAGUAAGUGGUCAUAGUUUGGGUGCUCAUGUUGCCGGUUAUACUGGUAAAUUAGUUGAGAAUGGCAAACUUCACGCGAUCAUCGGUAUGGAUCCCGCUUUGCCGCUUUUCAGUUACAAAAAGACAAAGAAACGUUUGCAUUCCGAUGACGCCAAUUAUGUUGAAACUAUUCAAACCAAUGGUGGAAUGUUGGGCUUUUUGCAGCCCAUUGGUAAGACCUCUUUCUAUCCAAAUGGCGGUAAGAGUCAACCUGGUUGUGGCUGGGAUUUAACUGGCGCAUGUGAUCAUGGUCGCUCUACUACCUACUACGCUGAGUCAGUGUCUCGAAACGAUUAUCCCAGUGUGAAGUGCAGUGACUACACGUCAGCAGUGAAGAAUGCAUGUGGCAGCACCUACAGUAGUGUAAAUAUGGGCUCACAAACCAAUGCUUAUGUGGCUUCGGGCGAAUACUAUGUACCUGUACUGAGUUCUUCCCCCCAUGGUUAUGGCAAUGCUUAAGAAAUUUGAUAAAAAAUAAUGAUAAAUAAAAU